CCGCACCGCACGCCUCGUCCGCCAUUACUCCGACGCCGACGAAACCCGAGAGAGCAUAGCUUCGGCUGCGAGGAGGAAGAGAGGAACGAACUCGAUUUCAUCCAUGGCGGCCAGGCCGGCGACUGCGCUGCUGCUGGUGGCGGCGCUCCUGCUCGCCGCCGUGGCCACCGGGGCAGCCCGGAAGGAGCCGCCCUUCAAGAAGGACGUCGCCUCUCUCGACGAGGAGACGUUGGCGGCGGCGGUGAAGGAGGUCGGCGGCGGGUGCAAGAAGGGGGAGACCGAGGAGGCGUGCCUCGCGAGGAGGACGCUCACCGCCCACACCGAUUACAUCUACACCCAGCAGCAUCACAACUGAUCGAUCAAACUCAUUUAAAUCACUCCAAAUAUUAAGCAUCGUGAUCACUACUACCUAGCUAUAUAUGCGUGUGUUGUGUUCAUCGAUGUUUUGUUUUGUUUUGUUUUGCCCUUUUGUGUCCUGUUGAUAAACAGUUCUUGAUGAGAUUGAUCUUGAGCCUUUUGUUUUGUUUUGCUUUGCUUUGAUUUGAGACAGAUCUAUCUAUCUGCCUGCUUGAAUUAAUGGUACCUGCACAGGUUCUGACUAAUUGCAUAAUUAAUCAAGAACGCUUUGAA